AUGGUGUCGGGCCCUGAUGGGUGUCCCGGCGGGCUCGCCCGGUUCCUGGUGGCCGCCUGCCUGCUGCCCCUGCUCUACCUGCCGGAGGCUCGUGCGUCGUACCCCCAGAGCGGAGAGUGCAAAGGCAAAGGGAAGGACUGCACAGAUCUGUCAGAGAAGAAGAGCGACCUGAGGGUCUGUGACGACUCCACCUGUCGGUUCGGAGGCGUCUGCAGAGACGACGGAGCUCAGCUGAAGUGUGUCUGCCAGUUCCAGUGUCACAAAAACUACAUCCCGGUGUGCGGCUCCAACGGGGACACCUACCAGAACGAGUGCUACCGGCGGCAGGCGGCCUGCAAACAGCAGCGGCUCAUCUCGCGGGCGUCCGACGGGCCCUGCUCCGCCGAUCCUGGUUCUGGUUCAGGAAACGGAGACGACGACGAAGGUUCAGCCUCCGACGUCGGGAAGAAGUUCACCAAGUGCAGCACCUGUAAAUACGGAGCGGAGUGCGACGAGGACUCGGAGGACGUCUGGUGCAUCUGUAACAUCGACUGCAGCGGCCACAACGAGAACCCGGUGUGCGCCACCGACGGGAACUCCUACAACAACCCGUGUCUGGUCCGAGAGGCGUCCUGCAUGAAGCAGGAGCAGAUCGACGUCAAACACCUGGGCAGGUGCCCCGCCGACAAAGAGAAGCUGAAGAAAGACGACAGCAGUCCCUUCAAGGUCUUAGAAACCGUCGGGCUGAACCACGGCGACGGCUUCUAUGCCGGCGUGCCGAUCCCGUGUGCCGACAGCUACUGUGCCCACGGGAAAUGUGAGCUCAAGUACAGCACGGCCACCUGCAGGUGUGACGCAGGCUACAAAGGUGCUCAGUGUGAUGAGCCUCAGGACUUCAACAUCCUGUACGUGGUCCCCAGUGGACAGAAGCUGCAUUACGUCCUCAUCGCCGCCAUCAUCGGCGCCGUGCAGAUCGCCAUCAUUGUCGCUGUUGUGAUGUGCAUCACAAGGAAAUGUCCUAAAAACAACCGAGGUCGCCGGCAGAAACAAAACCUGGGGCACUUUUCCUCGGACACUAACUCCCGGAUGGUUUAG